UACUGCUACGGAAUCUUCUCAGCGACCCUCGAAAAUGAAAGAAGUCAGAGAAGCUGCAGGAAAAGAUGCAACAGCUGAAGAAGACAGUCCGCUAAAGCCUCCAUACAGCGUUCUUGGGGAGCCGAUUAAGAUCGGAAUCAUCCUUGCCGCCUCCUUCGCCGCCAUCAUCUCCCCAGUUUCCAGCAACAUCUACUUCCAUGCUCUCAACUUGCUGGCUUUUGGCCUCCAGGUGUCAAUGCCCUUGAUCAAUUUGACAAUCACGACGUACUUCAUUUUAAAAGGGCUGGCGCCCUCUUUCAAUGGAAAUUUCUCGAGCAGCAAUGGUUGCCGUCCAGCUACGUUAUCUGUUUCGUCAUCUGCAAUGUCGUCAACAUCGGUCUGGCUCUGCAACACAACUACGCUGCUCUCAUGGCUCUUCACUGCAUUCACAGAGCUCCAGUAG